GGAGCAGAGCUAGUGGCUGUUCUGGGCGGCUCCAUUCCGCCUCCAGGACUCUGAGAAAGCCGAGAGCCUCACAGCGAAGUAACGUAACGCAACGCAAAAGCGAAGCGAAGCAAAGCAAAGAUGGCGCCCGGCUGCAGCGCAACACAGCGCGAAGAGUAACGACAGCACGGGAUAGGGAAAGUUUCCACCGACACGCGGCCCAGGCUGGCUUUUGGACUUCCAGUGGACAUUAGUGUGAGACUCCCGGAGACGGUGUGAAGGAUAGAGGAGAGCUCCGAGUGGUCUACAUGUCUGCACUGUUUCCUAUAGUCGCGUAAACAGCUGGCACGUCCAGCCAUGAUUGAAGACAAGGGUCAUCGUGUGACUGACUACUUUGUGGUAGCUGGGCUGACGGACAAGUCCACACCACUGGAGGUCGAUCGGUCCGAGACCAAAUCAAGUGGUCCUAAAGCCCCCAUCAUUGACCUGGCAGUCAUCAACAAAACAGCAGGUGAAACAGUGCCCGAGGGUUUUACAUGCAUAGAGAGCACAUACACCGGCCAGCCGGCCAACCUGAACCACGGCAGCCUGAAGAGCCCCGAACUCUUCCUGUGCUACAAGAGAGGCCAUGGAAAACCUCCAUUAAGUGAUGUUGGGGUGAUGUACGAAGGGAAAGACAGGCUGAUCCAGGGCUGCGAGGUGAUUCAGGCCACACCGUACGGCCGUUGCGCUAACGUCAACAACAGUUCGGCAACCUCGCAGCGCAUCUUCAUCACGCUACGUCGCGCGCCACCCGUCCAGCCUCGCAACUCUCUGGCCGUUACUGACAUCUGUGUGAUAAUCACCAACAAAGGGGAGACUCCUCCACACACCUUCCUCAAGGUGGACAAGAACCUUAACUGUGGCAUGUGGGGAUCCAGUGUGUUCCUGUGCUAUAAAAAGUCAGUCUCCUCUUCCAACUCUAUUGCUUACAAAGCAGGUUUGAUCUUUCGCUACCCAGAGGAGGAUUACGAAUCCUUCCCCCUUUCUGAGUCGGUCCCUCUUUUUUGCCUUCCUAUGGGGGCUAAGAUUGAGUCCUGGGCCCCCAACACACGCUACCCCUUACCCGUGUUCUCUACAUUCGUCCUAACCAACUCUUCUGGAGAAAAGGUUUACGGUGCAGCCAUCCAGUUCUACGAGCGUUAUCCAGCAGAUCACCUGACAGAGAAGCAGAAAAUCCAGCUCGGACUCCUUACAACCGUCGACAAGAAGCCUAUUCCCGAUCGCACAGUCAACACCAACAAGUGCAUCUGUCUCCUGUCUCGCUGGCCCUUCUUCCAUGCUUUUAAAGAGUUCCUUCGGUUCCUCUACAAGCUCUCAGUCAACAGCGUCAACCCUCUACCUAUUGAGAAACACAUCUCCCAUUUCAUGCACAACGUUCCCUUUCCCUCCCCACAAAGACCCAGAAUACUGGUCCAGCUCUCAGCACAUGAAAGCUUAAUGCUGUCUCAGCCUGUAUGUACACCAUUACCACUAAGUGGUGCAGACUACAGCACUCUGCUAACUAACCUGGGCCCAGAAAACUGUGCCACGCUGCUGCAUUUUGUCUUGAUGGAAAACAAGAUACUUCUGCACUCUCUCAGACCAGCUGUAUUGACUUGCGUGGCUGAGGCAGUAGUGGCGAUGAUUUUUCCUUUCCAGUGGCAGUGUCCCUACAUCCCUCUGUGUCCUCUCUCCCUGGCUGGGGUUUUGAAUGCUCCAUGUCCUUUCAUUGUUGGAGUGGACUCGGGAUAUUUUGACCUCUACGAUCCUCCACCAGAUGUGGUUUGUGUGGACCUGGACACCAAUACUAUCUACCUGUCUGAUGAGAAGAGGAACUCAGGCUGGAAGAAUCUCCCAAAGAAGCCUUGCAAGAGUCUAAUUAACUCCCUGGUCAACCUGCACCACCAGCUUAAUAUUGUGAAGCGAACAGCCCCAGAAGGCUCAGCCGUAGAGAUGACCCCAAUGGAGGCUGACUUCACGUGGCAUAAAAAGAUGACCGCUCUCGAGAUGGAGGUUCAAGAGGCCUUCCUGCGCUUCAUGGCCUCAAUACUAAAGGGCUAUCGACACUACCUCAAACCCAUCACUGAGGCGCCCUCUGAGAAGGCCACUGCUGCUGGCUCUCUCUACGACCUGCAGGGGUUUUUAAAGAGUCGAGAUCGUGCUCAGCAGAAGUUCUACUCCCAGCUCACCAAGACUCAGCUAUUUAUUCGCUUCAUAGAGGAAUGCACCUUUGUCAGCGACAAAGACACUGGCCUGGCCUUUUUUGACUACUGCAUUGAAAAGCUUUUCCCAUCUGAUAAAGGAACAGACAAGGGCACAAAGGUUGAAGGAGAGCUAUCAGAAGACACCAGGCUGGUAGAGCUUGAUGAGUCUCAGAAGAGUGAGCACACGGUCUUUAUCUUGCCCCCAGAGCCCCCUGCUGAUGAUGGCACAGAUCCUCCUCUAAAAUACAGCUACAAGAGCUUCCCUCGCUUACGGCUGGAACUAUUCGAUCGUCCGGUAAAGCUGAAGCCAGCACUCAGUGUCCGAGCCCCAGGUGCCAGUGUGUCCAGCAGUCCUGCACUCCUGGCUAAAAGAACCAAGCAGGAAGUCAAGCUGGCUUACAAAAUGGCAAAGCGCUUCUAUUCGAACCCUCAAUUGUGGGCUAAGUGUCUGUUCAGCCAUUGCUAUAGCCUGUGGUUCAUAUGCCUACCUGCACGCAUGCGCCUGGCUCACUCCAAAACACGUGCCAUGCAGCAAGCAAUCAAUGUCCUGAUCAAGAUGAGGAGCUCUGAAGUGGAGGUGCUUGAUGAGGUGUGUUAUCGUGUGAUGAUGCAGCUGUGUGGGCUGUGGGGACUGCCAGUCAUGGCCGUGCUUGUUCUGAUGGAAAUGAAGAAGGCCGGUGUUGCGGGCAAUGCCAUUACAUAUGGAUAUUACAACAAGGCUGUCCUGGAGAACCCUUGGCCUAAUCGAAACUGCAGCGGGCGCUUAAUGUGGACUAAACUGAGGAAUGUGGUGCGAGGGGUGGCCCAGUUUAAACAGGCACGGUCAAAAAGAGCUCCUCCUAUUACAGCGGUAGUGUCUCUGGACGCAAUAGCAGAUGGUGACGGGGACAGACUCAGCCACUGUAGCGCCGACAGCUCCAGUGAAGCUAACGGAGAAGAACACACACUGUUUAUACGCGGUCUCAUUGUGGGAGACAGAAGUGAGAGUCAGAUUAGUACAGGAGGGCAAUCUGACCAGGGUUAUGGCUCUAAGGAUGAGCUCCAUCAGGACUCCAUAGAUGCUUGUAAAAACACAGCCUUCGCCCUCUCUGAUGGUGAGAAGGCCAACAAGAGCAAAACAGUGAAGAGUCAACAGAAUGACUGUAUAGUUGAGGACAUUGCUGGCUCUGUGGAUAGUGCGAUGGCUGUGUCCGAGCCUCCCAGUCCUGCUGAGGCCACACACCCUCCAGCCAGCAUCGUCAAACAACCCAGCGGGAACUUUGACAAAACCAUAGGAAGAAAAGAUUCAAGUGGCAAACUCUUCACUGCUCACAGUAAGACUGAGGACAUUGUCUUGCCCGAGGAUGAAGGCACUACACACCCAAGCUUAGCACAAAGCAGCCAACAACAGAGGGUCAAAGCUUUCGCAGAGCGCAGCUGCAGUUUCAGCGCAGAAUCUCGAGCCGGCAUGUUGCUGAAAAAGAACAGUUUGGAGUUGAGCGUGGAUCACAUGGGCGCUGAUGCGAAAAUCCUGGCUGCUGCUUUUUCGGGUGGCAAGACUCCUCCUCCUACUUCAGCCUGUGCUUCUGUCUUUAGUGACCUAGGAAUAACGCCUAUUGCAAGCUCUACCCUUAAGGAGGAAGUUAAUGACAAGAUGGAGUUAAUCAGUUUGGAGGAGAAAACUGAUGAAGACAUGGAUGAAAACGAAAGGACGGCAGAGGAAGUAAUUCCUGAAGGAAGCACUGAAGGAGUGGUGAGAAGUGUGAGCAGUUCCUCCUCCUCCUCCUCCAAGGUGGUAGAAAGAGAGGAUGUGGAAAUAGGGGCAGAUCCGCUUUCACUGCUGGCCUCAGAAUGCGAGGAAGCAGCAUCCAUUCAGAGCCAAGAAUCCGCACGCCUCGUCCCACCGGUGGUCUCCCGAAACCUUGCUGACGAGAUCGAGAUGUACAUGAACCUUAAAAGCCCAUUAGGAGCCAAGGCAUCCAGCAUGGAACUGCACCAGGAGGCCCAGUGUAAAGUUAAUCACGUGGACUCUUCUUCCUCUAAACAGUCUUUGGGACGAAGAUCUAGUCUCCCCGCAGGCCCGGUAAAAACCCCUGAAUUACUGGAAACCCCUAAAAGCAGCCCCGCUGUCACACGCUCUAAAACAUUUGGAAGCAGGUCCCAGAAGACCCCUAGCAGUGACGGUCAAAGGUCGACAUCUCUGACUGCACUAGUAAGGUCUUCACAGAGUGCAUCAUUAGGAUCAGUCAUCAACACCAUCUCGGGCAUCAAGAUGGACAGCUUGCUUUCAGGACCUAAAGUGGACAUGUUAAAGUCAGGCAUGAAACAAGCAGCUAACGUAGCCAGUAAAGUGUGGGUGGCCAUGGCCUCUGCCGUCGCCAAUUCAGAUGAUGAGGACGAGGAGAACCAGCCUAGGGACAGCUUUCCUGCUCGACUGGAAGAGCAGCUGAUGUCUGGAGAAGGAACAGACGGUGUCCUGCCCAGAGGACUGAUGCCCAGCCUGGCCUCCAAUGGCCUUACGCGCAGCACCACCAGUCUGGGCAGCAGCAGCGGGAGCAGUGAUGCCGGUCGGACACAGCAUGCUGCAUCCAUAACUCCUGGCAGGUCGAUGAAGGUUGUGGAUUCGGAGAGAUCUGAGCAAGGCUCUUCUCAUCAUGCCAGCACUUCCAGCAUCUAUCAGAACUGUGCUUUAGAGGUGUUGAUGUCGAGCUGCUCUCAGUGUCGCUCAUGUGAGGCUUUGGUAUACGAUGAGGAGAUCAUGGCAGGUUGGAUGGCAGACGACUCCAACUUAAAUUCGUCCUGUCCUUUUUGCAACAAUUCCUUCCUGCCACUACUGCAUGUGGAGUUUCAGGACCUGCGUCCUCCGUCUGGGUUUUAUUUAACCAGCAACUCAGGAGACAGCAUCCACAGCAGCAGCACACAGCCCCAAGCCUCCGCCACAGAAGUAAAGGUGGGCAACCCUAGUGACCCCAGUGACCUCAUCGACUUCUCAGAAUCCCCUGACAGCAAAACGGAGACUCAAGGGGCUCUGGCCUACCAGACCGGCACACAGAAAACACUAGCUCCAGAGCCAGUGGUUUCGGACCCCAUUACCCUUCAAGAGAGGCAAGCAGAGAAGCGUGGCACGUCACUGACUCGCAGUAACAGCGUGGGCGGGCCCAUACAGAGUCUGGAGUCUGUGCAGCGGCCCAAUCACGGAGUGUCCACCACCAGCCUGCCCAAUAGCCUGCAGGAAGUGGUGGAUACAUUGGAUCAAAAGCGUCCCAACCCAAAGCCAAUCUCAGUGCCUUACCUGAGUCCUCUGGUGUUAAGGAAAGAGCUGGAGUCCUUAUUAGAAAAUGAGGGUGAUCAGGUUAUCUAUAGUCAAAAGUUCCUCACCCAGCAUCCCAUCAUCUUUUGGAACCUGGUUUGGUAUUUCCGGCGGCUGGACCUUCCCAGCAUUCUGCCUGGACUUAUUCUAACCUCUGAACACUGCAACAAUGGAGUACAGCUGCCUCAGACGUCCCUGCGUGGAGACAGUAAGCAAGUAUACGUGCGGUUGCUUUGGGACAAUGUGAAUCUCCACCAAGAGCCCACCCAACCUCUCUACCAGCUCUGGAGGACUUUCUUGAAGAAGAAAGGUUUUUUGGCUCCUACAGACCACCAGGAGAUACGGUCUCUCCUUAACACCAUCGUUAAGAACAUCCAAACCAAUAAUGUUUAUGACCCCAUAAACCUACUCCUCUCGGAGAUCAAGCAACACCCGGAGGUCAAACGGCAGAGGAGUAUAUACAGACAGAUUUUGUUCCUAUCGCUUGUAGCCUUGGGAAGGGAAAACAUCGAUGUUGAGGCCUAUGACCGAGAGUACCAACAAGCUUUUGAAAGGCUGAACCCGGAGCAGCUAAAAGUGCUCUCUUCUCUUGAUCGGCCACCCUCCAGCAGUAUACAGUGGUGCCUCAAGUGCUUUGGAGCUCCAUUCAUCUGACCUGGAUGUAAGCAAACAGAAAAACUUUCAUUUCCCACUAGGAAUCAGGAGCUCAUUCUUUUGGGACGUGUAAAAGUGCACUCGGUCAUUGUAUCGAGGAACUUACUGACAGACUUUUUUUACUCUUAGUCCUCUUGCUUGCACCUUUACCCAAACAUGGUACUUUAUCAUCCUGCAGAUUUCAGCAUCAGGAUCAAAGCUUGCUUAUUACAGUGUUUGGUGACAUCACUAUGCUGCAUAUGGAUAUUUAUUGGUGUAAAUUUUCAACUGCCUUGAUCCUAGCACCUGUUUAUUUCCAUGGACUAGUGGGAGUAAAGAGGACGGAAAAGUGCUCAGUUCCUUAUCACUGUCUUGCGUUCUAGUCGUGUCCAUCCAAACCUACCUGUGGAAGACGUCCAGUGGAAGUGAAGAUGUGUUCUCCUGAGACCGAUGGCAAAGGUCUUGAAUAAUGUGCACUUUCAAAUUAAUUUCUAUUUCCAUUGUUUGUAUAUAUUUUUUUCCAUGAUGGGAUGUUCAAACUAGACUGCCUUUUACAGAGGGAUCUUUACCCGUUUCUAAGGAGUCGGUCUUAAAUGCCAAGCCUAUAUUAUCGAUGUGGGUCUUGAGUGUUGCAGUGGAAAGAUUAAAGUGUGUAUGUAUGUGCAUGUGCAUACACAGCUGAGUGUGUGCAGUUAUAUAAAUUAGCACAUUAAGAGAACUGUCGCAGCAGACAAUCACAUUUGGUCAUGAACAAGGUGGCAUUGUAAUGAGAUUCUAAAGGUUCUGUAAUAGGCGGUAAAGUACUUUUACUGGAAGUUAGCUUUUAUGCACCUUUGGACCUUAAUUGUAAAUUUAAAGUUGCCUAUGAUAUAAAGAAGAGUAAUGAAUGCCUUGGGAGUAUAACUACUGAAAGGAAAUUAGCCUGCAUUUGUUCGGACAUUGUUGUCUUGAAUGAAGUCAUUAUGUUUCGUAGGAAGAAAAAAAAUUAUCCCUUUAAAUGUACACAUGCUUAAACAGUUUGUUAAAGCUGUAGUAUGAAAAUACAAUAUUUCUCACUUAUCAAUAUUUUAUUAUUUUUUUAAAACAUUUUCAUUUUCAGUAGCGUCUUAAAAUUCAUUUUGCUUACAUCACUUAGUUUAAGUGCCCUCAGUAGGCAUCACUUAGACUAUUUUCUGUAAAGAAAAAUGAUCAUUCAGCAAAUCUCUGUAGUUCUAGUGCCUUUUUAUUUAGAGAAGGUAGGUUUUACUACUAAUAAAUUAACAUAGUGCAAUCAGUCUGCCUUAAUUUAUUUAUCUUCAUCUUUUCAUAUCCUUUUAUUGUAUAAUUAAUUGACAGCUCAUGUGAAGUUAAACAUCGUCCAAUGUUUUUUAUCCUUGUAAUAUAAUUCAGGGUUGUUUGGGGAUAUGUUUAAAAAUAUUACAUUGAGACGUACGGUGAUGAGUAUAUAUAAAGAGAAAUAGUUAGUAAUCCGAUAACCACUGUUCUAGCAACAACAAUUUGAUUAUAAUAAAUGUAAAUUAAUUAUAUUUUUCCCAUGAGAUUGAUAUUUUGGUAGUGGGGUUUUGUAGUAUUUAAAAGAAAGCUUAAGAAACAAUCAUUUAAGGCUUACUUGUUGCAAGAAUGUAAAUGAAAAGGUAUGGAGUGCUUGAAUUUGGAUGUAUUUGAAUGUUUUUCUUGAAAGCAUACAAGACAGUGAGAACAUGAUUUAUGUUAUGUUUACACAUUUGUAACUCUGUAAGCAAAUUGAUCAUAGAUUAAUCCCAGUGUUGAUGUGAAACAUGAAUAUGAUGCAUUUUACUCACUGUAGUCACAACUGACCUGAGAUCCAACUCUGUAAUCCUGUAACGUAAGUGUGACUGAUCAAGGAUCAGCAAAUAUUAAACCAAAUACAUACGGAUUCAAGUGCAGUAACUUGGGUUAUGAUGACGUGAUUUAACCCUGUCCUUAAUCUUAAAUGUAACAUUCCAACAUUAAAAGAUUUCCCAAUUCGGGGGUUUAUUGUAAUAUAUCAGUGUAUACUAUUUGCUAAUGAUGGCACCAACCAACCUAUUUAUGGAUAGAGAUGUAUUUUACAUUGCUGACAUUGCUUCAUUUACUGCAGUUAAUAUUUUACCUUCCCGCUGUUGCUGCUUGUUCAACCUUGUCCAGUGUAUCUGGUUAUGUACACAUAUAGCAAAACUGAUACUCUUUUGUCAAACAUAUCCUGGUGUUAUGUUAAAGGAAAAGCAUACAGAUCAUUUCUGUAUUAAAAAGUCUAGUGGGAGAAUAUGGCACGUACCAUAUGAUCUUAAAAAGGAGGGCCAGGAUCUCCAACAUGAUGUGCAGGUUAUAUGUUCUGUCCAGACAGUGACUUAUCUACCCUUUAAUAUCCUGUAAAAUGGAUAUGAGUGUGUACAGCAUUGUUGUUUUUCAAUAAACAUGCCUUCUCCCAAA